GCCAAUCCAUGCAGGGGCGGUGCAGUCCAUGAACGGCUCCUUCUUCCUCCUCUCGUUUUCUUCCUACCCUUCUCUUCUUCCUCAAAAUUCAUGGAGAGGCUAAAGGGAGCUCCAAUGUUCAAGGGUCGCAUUCGUUCAAGUCGUGCUGCGCCGGUGAGAAUGGUGCGCGGGGCUCACUUCGCCGGCGCUGGCCGCGCGCUCCUCCUCCUCGCCGCCGCCGCUGCGUCCUUCCUCCCGGUAGCCGAGCCGUUCUGUCCCCGAGACGAUUCUCUGGUGAAGGAUAUAAGCCAGAUGCACCAGAGCAGCUACGGGAUUGACGGAUUCUCGCAUAUAACCGUCGCCGGCUCACUCGCUCACGGGAUGAAGGAGGUGGAAGUGUGGCUUCAGACUAUAGUUCCAGGAGGAAGGACGCCGAUCCACAGGCACUCCUGUGAGGAGGUUUUUGUUGUCCUCAAAGGGAAAGGCACGCUCUUGCUGGGGUCAAGCACGCUCAAGUACCCAGGGCAGCCUCAGAAGAUUCCUAUCUUUCAGAAUAGCACAUUUUCGGUCCCUGUAAAUGAUCCACACCAGGUCUUGAAUUCUGACGAGCAUGAAGAUUUGCAAGUUCUUGUGAUCAUAUCGCGCCCACCUGCAAAGAUAUUUCUAUAUGAUGAUUGGAGUAUGCCUCAUACAGCAGCAAAGCUGAAGUUCCCCUUCGUCUGGGAUGAAGGCUGCUUACCAGCACCUAAAGAUGAACUCUAGGCCCAAAAGUGCUUGAUGCAUUUUAUCAGCUUCAUCCAUAUCCUGCUGUAACGAGGUCCACGCCUACCUGUCAUAUGUCGUUGUUGUGUGUUGUGAGCGUUGUCAGACAUAGUUCUGUAUUGUGCCUCCAUAGGGAAAUUGCAAUCUUGCCAUGGUUUAUGAACCAAAAAAGUUAACAGGCAAUAUGUGCUGUUUCCAGUCCACUGCAUUAGGAACUAACAAAGGAACCAAAGAAGUAAUUGAUCUCCUCAAGUUGCCCUUGUUAUUUUGUCUUAACAAAGGAACCAAUGGUUGCCAGUAAUA